CUUCUACCAACGCAUAAAUCUACAGGAUGCUGCAAUAAUAUACAAAUAUAUAAUGCAAGGAUUCAACAUGGGGAGGUAUUACCCUCCUGAUGAAGAAAAUAAACCUAGAAAGCGGGCAAAAACUAAGAAUGUAGUUCGAUUUGAGAUGCCUUUUGCAGUAUGGUGCAAUCAAUGCGAAAAUUUAAUCCACCAAGGCACUAGGUUUAAUGCAGAGAAAAAACAAAUUGGUGCUUAUUACUCUUCAAAAGUGUGGUCUUUUACUGUUCAUUGUCAUCUUUGCUCUAAUUCUCUUGAGAUACACACAGACCCAAAGAACACAGAGUACAUUGUUUUCACUGGGGGAAAAAGGAAAGCUGAGGCUGCCGAUACCGUAACAUCAUCCAACGUUGCUACUGCUGAAAUUCAAGAUCCAUUAGAGGCACUGGAAAAAAGUAUCGCUACACAGAAGAAAAAAGAGACACGAAAUACAGAAUUGGAGUUGAUUUAUGAAAGAAAUGAGAGGCAAUGGGCAGAUCCUUUUACCGUUUCCCAAAAGCUUCGAAGAGAUUUUAGGAUAAAAAAAAAGAUGAUAAAGGAACAAGAAGAAAAAGAAAGUGAGUUUAAGAAACAGGCUGGUCUUGGACUGAGUCUUUUACCUCCUACUCCUUCUGAUGAAAGAAUCGCUCAGCAGUUAGCUCGUCAUGAGCGUACGAGCUCUCAAGCAUUAACAAAUCCAGAUUACCAAAAAAGGUUAAUGAAAAAUAAGAAGGCAAAAAGGUUUGCGAGUUUCGAUGAUGUAUUCACUCCAAGAGGUUUUCUUCGAAAUGACCCUCAUUUUUCGAAAAUAUCAAUUGUGGGAGAUGUAAACGAACCUAAAACAAAGGAGCAGACAAAGCAUUCUGGGAACAAUUCUACGAGAGCUUUGGUUGAAUAUGGAGAAAGUGAUGAAUCUACCUAAUAAACCGAUACAAUGUCUAGCCUUAUUCGAUUGUAUUUUGUUCUAUAUGCUAUAAUCAUAAAAAUUUCAUUAUACUUUUCUUGAGCUAUAGAAACAGGGUUGUAUUCCAUCAUUCGUAUCAAAUAACUCUCUUGUAUUUUCUGGGGUCUUUUCUACUCAUUCGAAUUGGAUCUCUCAUUCCUUGUCCACCUUCCCAAAAAGCACUUUUUUGGCGACGUGUUGUGAAGUUUCCACAAUGUGAGCAUGUUCCUUCUUUGGUAUACAUAGAUUCAAAGGAGCAAUAACCGCAAAUAAUCCUAUUUGCAUACUCAUAUAAAUGAUCCUGAUCGAUGUCAUGACACUUAUCGCAAGGAUAAAUUCGAUUACAGCAUGGAAAACGAAACCCUAUUAUUAUUAGUUGAACAUUCUUUGAGAAAAAUAGUGAUACAUACAUCGAUAUGAUUUCUUGUAGUGCUCACAAGCUCCACGAUUAGGAAGAGGCGUACCCUUUACAAUCCCAAGAUUUUGUUUCUUGUUUCCUUUGGAAGGCUUCUUGGAACCGAGGGCUUGUUCUCGUUGUUUAAGUAACUGGAAUUUUGUAUCCUGAUACUGAACUAAUGUCCUCGUCUUACAUGACCUGCAAAAUUGGACCAUAGGCUGCAUGGAGGAAAGACCUUUAAAAGCCAUUAUUUGCUCAUCAGUGCAUUCCAAACAAGAAACAAAACAAUCAAUGGGUAGAACGUCAACGGGUGCACAUCCGAUCAAAUCAAGUACACCCAAUCUAGCUGAAUUCACAUAAACAGUUCCUGGUAACCAUAUGAUUUGAAGACCAUUAUUGCAUCUUGAACAGGAUAAUGAACAUUUUUCCUGGACAGUAGCCUCAUUGCCGUAGUGACAGCGAACACAUUUUACCACCAAUCGCAACCUUGGUGCUUUUAGUACACCAACGUUCAGCAAAUUGAGGUCUGUUAAUUCAAGAGUGUAGUCGUUUCCUUCAAGUUGUACGGUUCUAGCAGGUUUCGGGGUCUGAAGAUUUUGAGAAGAAGUGACUUGAUGAACAUCAUCCUGAUCAUGACUUUCCCUUUCAGAUAACACCUGCUUAGAAAUUGGACUAUUUGGUUUUAAUAAUUCCCUUCCCAAGUCCUUUUCCUCUCUUUCAUAAUCUAAAGAUUGUAUCCUCAAAUUUUUGGAGCCAGAACGGAAAACCCCGUUGGAGAUAUCUUUCUGUUUGAUGUUCAAGUCUGAAAACUUAUCUGAAACUUGGUCAAUGGAUUUUUCAUGUCCUUUUUCAAUGGUGGAAGCAUCCUUUUCACCUUGUUCGUGCUCUGAAGUAGAUUUAGAUGAAUUCAACCUUGCUUUCGCAAAAGUAUCCCAUUUUUGUAAGCAUGAAUUGAAUAAGCUGGUUAUAGUUGUAUUUGGAUUUUUGAAAGAAGAAUU